AAGGGUGUUGUUAGUGUAAAUAUUUUCGGCUGGAUGCUAUUUUUGUUAAAAAAAAAUUAAAGGUGCUAUUAUUGGAAAAAUCCCGCCGAAAGCUGUGGGAAGAUGAAGAUAAACCCCAUUAAAUGGUCGGAAAAAAAUCCCAGAAUACACUAGUUAGUAAAAACAAUUCCCAAAAUACAGUACUUAUGAAAAUAUUUCCCUAAAUACAACAGUUUGGGGUUCACCGCUGCGGACCAAGACAGUGAAUAUCAUCACCAUUGCAAACAAAAACGGUGAAGGGUUCACCGUUUUUUACAAAGGCGGGGAAACUAUCACUGCUUUUGUCCAAAACGGUGAACCUUUCACCGUUUUUGACUAAAACGAUGAAUGCUUCACCGCUGUGGUUCAAAUGCUUCACUGUUUUUACUUCUUUCUCCAUCCAUUACUUCCCUCUAGUCUCGUUCUAAGUAUGCUCUGUGGUUGCGUCUAAGUCCGAUCUUCCACAUCAGAAAGAAUUACUAGAGUUUUUAUUUUGUUUUAAAUCUUUUGCUCUAAAGUUUCGUAGAUACUCUCUCCAGCUUUUCGGCAAAAAAUUGGACUAAGAGGCUCUAAGAGUACGAAUUUUGUUUUCACCUUUGUUGAUGUUUUUUUAAACGGGUUUGAAAUAUUCUAAUUUCAUUUCAUAUUUGUUUAUAGAUGGGUGCUGAGAUAUACGACCCUCGUUUGUAUAUCGAUCCUGGCCCAAGGGAUCGCAAAGUCUCGAGCUCUAUCUGGAGAGGACGGGAUUGCACAUGCUGAGGCAUUUCAUGCGGCUUGAUAUCGACAACGAUCUGCUUACGGCAAUGGCAGAGCGAUGGCGCCCCGAAGUGCAUACCUUCCACUUUCCCGAGGGGGAAAUGAAGAUCACCCUCAGAGAUGUUGCCCUACUCACCGGGCUGCCGGUCACUGGAGAGGCCAUCAUCGGCAACUCAAGUAAACAUGAAGGUGGUUGGAGGCCGUUGAUUCUCGAGCGUUUGGGGUACAACAUGCCGGCACCGGGAGUUCCUCCAAACACUUCAGUAAUUAAGAAAACGUAUGUUCUGUUUCAUAAAGAGAUCCCCCAUAGCUCAUUAGUGAAGUGUUCAGAGGAAUAGGGGACGCUGAUCAUUUCUUUCUAUUUCUAAAUCUCGAGCAAUGGAAUUGUACUGAUGAUGCUGAACGUUGAAUACAUGGCUUGCUAGCUGCAGAACUCUUUCUAUUUAUACCCAAAACCUCGGAGUUGGAGGGAACAGCGAAUGGCCGCAUAUAGAGAUUCUGUACGAUUAUGAAACUAAACGGGAUUCGGGCUCUAGCUAUAGCUUCAAAGGAAAUCGUGGGAAUCAAACUAUCGCAUCAUUCUACCCUCAAUCUUCAGGUUCCUUUUUGCCCAACUACAUGCAUGGCUAGAAUUGUAGCAAGUAGGAGUACCUGAUUACGUAAAGUAACUACGUGCAGAUGCGUCAGAAUGCUAACAUCUUGAUCCUUCUUUUUGGCCAUAGGGAAAGUGAAUGUGGACAGGGAGAGUGGGUAAGUGAAGAAAGAAGGAAUGGAGGCAGGGGAUAACAUGGGAGCAUAGUGAUAGGGUUCGUACUACUUCCAUAGUAGUGUAGUGAUCUCUUUCAUUGGAACGUCAGUUAAAAAACGAAAAAAGAGUAGUACCGCAAAAGAAACAGAUGGUGGAUGCUUUUCUCUUUCCUUUGGAAUCUCAACUUUUGUUGAUCUUCUUUCCGCUGGUAUCCAACGUCCAUAGGUCAAUUCGGUUACAGUGUAAACAUGCUAAUUAUGGUCGUUCAUUUGCGCAUUUUCUAAAUUAUACUCAUUAAAUUGUGCAUUUUGCGAUCUAUAUAUAUCUAUGGGGAGUUCUACGAUGCUUAAUUAAGGUGAAAUCCGGAGUACUGCAUACAUUGAGUAAGAAAACGUUAUCCAGAACUUGAAUUGACUGAUUUUCGGAUAUGAUAUUAUACUCGAAGCCUUAAAAGAUAAAAAUCUAGGUCUUAAUUCUCUAAAUCUUAUACCACAAGAUCAAUUUAAUUAGAAACAAUAAUCGAUGAUUAUGAUUCGUCCAAAUAUAGGCAAGAAAAUCAAUGCACCAUCUUAGGGUUUAUAAUUUAUGAUUUAGAUGAUUAGGACCUAGGGUUCACUCAUUAAGGGUUAGGGUAUAGUAUCAUGCCCAGCUAAUUCGAGGUAUAGAUAGCGUUUUCAUACUCAAGGUAUGCGGUACCCCAAAUUUCAUCCGGGGUACCGUAAAAGGCACCAUAUCUAUGAUCAUUGAUCAUUUUGUGGGUUAAUUGCAAUGUUUGAGAAACCGGACGGACAGGAAAUCCCAAUACUAGUCCCAAAUGAUAGAUGAUUUUAACAAUAAAAAAUCACUGAACUACGAUUUUAACAUAAAAUAUCCGACCACUGACUUUUCGGUAUAGCAUCUUACCUGUUUUCACACUAUUACUGUGUAAACAUGCUAAUGGAUGCCGUUUCUCAUGCUUACUCUUUAUCUAUCAUUUUCUUUAUGUUAUCCUCUCUAGCUUUAACAUCAUCUCCAAUAUCCGCAAACUGAUGACCAAACACCUACCAUCAACUGAGUUCGUUUAUGUGAUAUGUCUCCUGAGAGGUUUAUAUUUUCCUUUCCUGCUCACAAGCUUUGUUUCCAACACUUUGAUUCUAUCAGUAGAAAUAACAGAACCACACAUGACCCUAGCUAGUUUAAUACAUCCUCCAUUAAUAUAUGGUAGAGUUUUGUGUAUUUUUCUCCAUUUCAAAUUUCGUGCAACGAGAGUGAAAGUAGGAAGGUCAUUUUUGUCUUUACACAUUUAUUAUUUAUUUCAUAUAAAAAUAGCAAUAUCAA